AAAAGGAAUCACGUGCCAGUAGUUUUGUGCUAAGAGCAACAAUCAAUUAUCCUCAUCAUCUCGAUCACUACCAAUCCACCAUCCUCACGACCAUCAUCAUCAUCAUCAUCAUUGUUUCUUUCCACCAGGAAGAAGUUCUUCAGAGAGGGUCCGCCAUCCCAAUGACGAGAAGAAACCUUCCAAUCACUCCUGUACUUCGUACUUCAGCGGGCCAGCCAUUGGACAAAAUUUUCCCACCUCAUGCAUGAUGUUGGUCUUUUCUAUCUCAAUUUGAACUAUAUAAGUUGGGGGUGUCGUUGGAAAAAGCAUCAGUUUCUCAUCUCCCUCCUCCAUUCACCCAUCAACAAUUCAUCCAUUCCUCCUCGUCCUUUGACUCUGACUUUCAGUCCCAACUCAAACUACAGAGCAAAAUGGCUUUCAAUACCCGAACCCUCGUCGCCUCAACCGUGGCCGUUGUUCUACUUUUGGUCCUGAUCUUGGACCAACCUCAAUCUGUUCAAGCUGGAGGCCACAAAGCCCAUGGAACGGCUUGUAUUGUGAAAGGAUCCUAUUGCUCGUGCCAUUACUGCAAGUGUGAGAAGGGACACAUUCAUUGCGGUGGAUACGGAAAGAAGGGAUAUGGCAAGAAGUACUGCUAUGGAUCCAUGUCGGGCGAAUACUGCCAUUGCGAUUACUGCAAGUGCAAGCACGGAUUUGGUGGCAAGGGAUACGGAUGCCAUUAAGAGGAGUCGAGAGCUCAAAUCGAUAUUGGAUGAAUUGUGGUGGUUGUCAAGACAUGUUUUAUUGUCUAUUUGUUAUGUCAUGCAUCAAGCUUGUAUCUUUAUUGCAACAAUAAAGGAUGAGCGAACCA